AUGUGUGAUGCAAGUGAUUUCAUAGUAGGGACAGUUUUGGGGCUGAGGAUUGAUAAGUAUCCUAUGAUGAAAAAAGAUGCAAAACCUCGUCUCAUUCAGUGGGUAUUAUUGCUACAAGAAUUUUAUAUGGAGAUACGAGACAAAAAGGGCACAAAAAAUUUAAUAGCAGAUCAUUUGUCAAGACUUGAAGUAGAGGAAAGUCCAAGAAAUGAGUGGUUGUUUGCAAUUCGUGAUGAGAUCACAGUGCCAUGGUUUGUUGAUUAUGUGAAAUUUUUUGGUUAUAAGAUUUGUGUGCCAGAAGAUGAGAGGAAUUCUAUCCUUACUCAUUGUCACCCUUUGCAAUGUGGUGGCCAUUUUGGAGCUUCAAGGACAGCAGCAAAGUGGGUUGAGGAAGCAACAACUCAAGCUAAUGAUGGUAAAGUGGUCUUAAACUUUCUGCACAAGCACAUAUUUACCCGGUUUGGUACUCCUCGAGCUAUCAUUAGUGAUGAAGGGAGUCAUUUUUGUAACAAGCAACUUGAUGCUCUUCUUGCUCAAUAUGGAGUUUAUCACCGAACUAUUUUUCCAUAUCAUCGUUAA